CCCUUUCAGACCGAUGGAGAGGCUUCUUCCCCCCCUCAUUCAACUUGUUAUUUCUGCCAUUUGACCAUCUCUCUCAUCUUAUACAUUCACCCUUCUUCAUUCUACCAAACACAUUUCUGUGACCUACCCCUCGGACUUUACUCAGAUCAAAAUGCCUCCCAAGAAGACCGCCGCUGGAAAGACUGGAGGAAAGGCGAAGCCCUCUGCUUACAAUGAGUUCAUGAAGGUCCAACUCGCCAAGCUCAAGGCUGAGCAGGAGAAGUCUGGCAAGAAGGCUGACCACAAGACCAACUUCAAGACCGUCGCGCAAAUGUGGGCCAAGGCUCCUGAGAACCCCAAGAACAAGAAGUAAACGCCUCUCGAGGGUGUCUUAUUUCAUUUGGUCGAUUUUCUGUCUAUGGCUUUUGGAUCUGGUAAAUGGAACGUGCCGGGGAGGAUAUGAGACGAGAGAAACCGGUCAUGGGUGUCGCUGAAGACAUAUGGGAUGCUCCUUAUAUACCCCUCUUUUACCUUUUCGCCAUGUCGAUGCUUUGCUUUAACCAUGGGCUUUCGAGGCAAGCGAAAAAGUUGUAUGCACAUGAUGACCGAGCG